AUGGCAAAGGAUAAAAUACUUUCUGCUAAACUUAAGUAAUAGGAAUUUAAAACCAAAUCGACUCAUUUGAAGACAUAAAAAAUAGCUUAAUUACUUGAGCCAUAGUUUUAGUAGAGUGUGGAAAUAGAUGAUGAGAGACCAUUAUUAAAAAUUUCUAAUUUCAAGGGAGUAUUUACUCAGAAGAGAAUGUGCAAAAUGUAGAACUUAUAUUCAUUAAACAAGAUUAUCAAUUUAAAAUUGAAACAAGGACCAUAUAAAGCUCUCUGUGACACCUUAAACAACAUAUUUGGGCAGGAGAAUCUGGUCACAUAGCCGCUUUUAAUUGGAGACACAAAGAAAUGCUAUGAUAUCAUUUCUAUAGCGCAAAGAAAUUUUGCAGUAGCCCAAAAAAGUUGCAUCUACAUUUACGAUCCAAAAGGAGUUGAAGUUCAUAAAAUUCGUGAAUGCAAACAAGCUACUAAAUUAGAAUAUUUGCCCUAUCACUUUUUAUUGGCUGCUCUAAAUUAGAAUGGUUAAUUGACCUAUUAGGAUAUAACUUAAGGGAAAAAUAAUAUCAAAACUACACCAUCUCCUUUGUGUUUAAAAUAAAACAAUAACAAUGCAAUAUUAGGAAUAGGAGAUCAAAAUGGGAGUUGUAAAGGAUGUACGCUCCUAAUACUGGAACUUCGCUUACAUCCAUUGAUGUCGAUGACUUUCUCUCGAGAUGGCAAUCACUUAAUUACAACUGGAUCGGAAGGAACAAUUAAGGUCUGGGAUCUUAGAACUUAAAAAUUAUAAUCUCAAGUUGCAGUCAAUGCAACUAACAUAGCAUUAAGUGAUAAAGGAAUUUUAGCUGCAGGGAGAGGAACGGAUGUUGUUAUGUGGAAAAACUGUUUGAUCGGAGAUUUAAAAACACCUUAUUUAAGAUAUAAGGCAUCUUCAAUGAUUUGUGAUAUUGAUUUCAUUAAGCAUGAAGAUUAUUUGGCAAUGAGCACUUUUGAUAGUUAUGAACAAACAGUAGUACCUGAAAGUGGAGAAGCAUUUUUUGAUACUUAUGAGCAACCAGAAUUGCAAAACAAAAAAUAAAGGUUAGAGACUAACGUUAGAUAAUUACUUGAAAAACUACCUCCAGAGUCGAUAUCUCUUUAAUCACAUAGGAUUGGAACAAUAGAUAGAACUUCAAAGGUUAUAAUCGAAAAAGAGUAAAAAAGGUAACUUGAGGAAUAGGCAUCUAGGAAAAUCAAGAAACAGAAGAAAAAAAUGAGAGGAAGAAAUAAAAUUGGAAAGAGAGAGAAACUCAAGGAAUUAGAGAGAGAUCAGAAAUAAUAGGUUAAAUGGUAAGAGAUGUUGUCAGAUGCUCUAAGAGUUAAGAGAGCGGAGAAGGAAAAGAAAAAGUUUGAAACUAAAUUGUUGGACAGAUUGGAAUAGAUUCCUAGCAAAGAAUUUAUUAGAGUAGUUUCAUGAAUUUGUAUAAUAGAAA